GAGCUCUCUCACUUCUUUCUUCUUUACUAAUCCCUUUCCUUCUUCCUCUAAGCUCUUAAGCAGCUAAGCUCUUCUUCAAUGGCUACUACUUCAGCCUCGAAAAUCAUGUCUCUGUCUCUCAGUGUGUUCUUGGGUCUCUCAUUGUUCUUGGGUCUGGUCAGCUCGGCCAAAUUCGACCAGCUUUUCCAGCCCUACUGGGCCUCCGACCAUUUCACAUACGAAGGCGAGCUUCUUCAUAUGAAGCUCGACAAUUUUUCCGGAGCUGGGUUUUCAUCCAAGAACAAGUACAUGUUUGGCAAAGUGACCGUACAGAUUAAGCUCAUAGAGGGUGACUCUGCUGGAACUGUCACUGCUUUCUAUAUGUCAUCGGACGGUCCACUGCACAACGAGUUUGAUUUCGAGUUCCUGGGCAACACCACAGGGGAGCCUUACUCUGUUCAGACCAACCUCUAUAUCAAUGGCGUCGGCAAUAGAGAGCAAAGGCUCGACCUUUGGUUUGACCCAACCACGGACUUCCAUUCCUACUCCAUUUUCUGGAACCAGCGCCAAGUAGUGUUUCUAGUGGAUGAGACCCCAAUUAGGGUACACACAAACAUGGAAAGCAAGGGUUUGCCCUUCCCCAAGGACCAGGCUAUGGGGGUAUACAGCUCAAUCUGGAAUGCCGAUGACUGGGCCACACAGGGCGGGCGGGUCAAGACCGAUUGGUCCCAUGGACCCUUUGUUGCAUCUUAUAAGGGCUUUGACAUCAAUGCCUGUGAGUGCCCGGUCUCCGUGGCCGGAGCCGAUAACGCCAAGAAGUGCACCAGCAGCGCAGACAAGAAGUACUGGUGGGAUGAGCCUGUGCUGUCCGAGCUGAACGUCCACCAGAACCACCAGCUGGUGUGGGUUAAGAACCACCACAUGGUCUAUGACUACUGCACUGAUACUGCUAGGUUCCCAGUCACUCCAGUUGAGUGUGUGCACCACGGUCACCACCGCCACUAGGGUUUUCAGAAGGGUAAUAUGGGAAAUGGAAUGUUGUAAAAAGGAUGGGUUGAAAAGGCAUAAGACAUGUACUCCAUGUUUCAUUUGUUCCAUUUUUUGGUUUCUUGGUUCAGUUCUUAGUUUGUACGAUAGGGAAUGAUGGUUAUCAAUGUGAAAUAUGAUUUCUCUUUGCCAUUGGGGUAAA